AUGACGGAGGCCGAUUUGGAGGACAAUGCUGUAAAAGAGAAACGGUCUGUGUUUAAGGAUGUGGUGAUCAAAAACUACCAUCCGAUAUGGAACGUGGCUUUCAUGUCAACAGGAAUAUGCUCGGGGAUUCUGUUUCGCUUUCCCUAUGAGAUUGGCGUCUUCCGCAUUUUUGGGCUUAUCAUGUGGGCAGUUUCACUCUCCUUGUUUAUAAUGGUCAAUGUGUUAUUAUUCUUGAAAAUGCACUGGUUUCGGGGAUUUACAUAUCAGUUGGCUACCGAUAUCCAGCUGAAUUUAUUUUUGGGGCCUUACUCCAUGGGAUUCAGUACAAUUAUCAACAUGAUUCACAUGAUAACGGAUCAUUAUGACAAAAGUUUCAAAAUUGGGCUAGUCAUCAUGUGGUUUAUCAACUUUACCAUGGCGCUGUUGUGCGGCUGGGUGCUAGUCUUUGUAUUGCUUUGGAAGAGUAAGAUCGAGCAGUUUCAACUGAAUCCGCAGCUUAUACUACCAGUCUUACCGCUUACAGUGUGUGGAUCGAGUGGUGCAUUUAUAUGUGGUGCUUUUACGGGCUACUCCAGCCGAAUUCAACUGCUGCUCAUCAUUUUGACAUAUCUGCUUUGGGCCAACUCCAUGAUGCUUGGAUUCAGCCUGAUUGCAAUAUUCAUCUGGAAGAUGCUUGUGUACAAGCUCCCGCCAAAACAGCUCAUAUUCACCCCUUUUGCUCCAAUCGGUUUGAUUGGUCAUGGGGUGUGGGGAAUUCUACUCAACGGGAGCAACCUAAAUCUCUACCUUGGGAGCCAGGAUACCCAUUUUCCUGUGGAUCCAAGGCUUCUGGGACUGGGAGUCCAGUACGUGACAGGAAUGGUGGCACUGUUCUUGAUCGCUGUUGGCUUUUUUUUUACCUUUCUUGGUCUGGCAAUGUGGAUUGUGUACGGACUACCAGCUUUUAACCGGACUUACUGGAUUGUUCCAUUCCCUGUGUGCGCUCUGAGCCUGGGGAUUACCGAGUUUUACAACAUCUUUCACAUAGAAGCGUUCAGAGUGGUUGGUACAAUCUACGCGGUUUUUGGAAUUUUGAUGGUACUUGCAUGCUUGGCAGGCAGCGUGCUUUUCGAGGUCCCUUAUAGUGAGAUAAAAUCUUACAGGUGUAAGGAGUGA